ACGGUCCCACCGUGUUAUUGUUCCCCUGGUGCUCUCUUUAUACACGCAUUGGUGUUCGUAGCAGGGAAAGCUCUAUUUAUUCGGUUUUAAUAAAUGUCUCAGUUUAUUAACAGUCGUAACGCAUUAUUUCAUCAAUAAUCUCAGAUGUAACAGUUAAACACAAUGUGUGAGCUCGUCUUUAAACCAUUGAAAAUGCACUGGUACUUCUUAGAUAGUCUAGUUUAUCCAAUUUAAAUGUAACAUGUUUAUGAAACUGUAAAGCCUCAAACUGGUUAAUUUAAUGUAUUAGUAGUGAUGCAUUUUGGUUUUUGUGUAGGCGUAAAAACGUAAAACAGCUUCCAGUAAACAUGGCCUCAGACCGGCGGAGGGACAGCCGGAGCUGGGACUGGGACAGCCCGCAGUGCAGAGCCCAGCUGGACGAGGUCUUUUUCCGCCGGCAUGACUACAUCCAGGCCGGCAGCACGGAGCACAGGGAGUUCUGGGCUUUCUUUGACCGUUUCCAGAGGUUUAAAACAAGGAAGGAAAUGUCUGGGCCAGGAGCCAAAGAGGACAGCAGUAAGUCUGGCUCUGGAAAGGUAGACCUCGGCCUCCCUAAAGAGUAUGAUGCCCGGUACAGGAUUAAUGUGUCUGUGUGCACCCUGGAUGUGGAGGAGCGCCUGGGGAAGUCAGAGCACCGAGGCAGCCAGAGAUCCUCAGGACCAGGCAGUCAGGAGAUCUCAGACUGCCGCCUGGCUCUGCUGCACUUCCUGGACUUCAGUCAGAGACAGAGUUUUGGAAAGCUGGCCAAGCUCCGCCGGGAGCAGAAGAACCUUCCCAUCUUCCAGUACCGGGACCGGAUCGUGGAGCUGGUUCGACAGAGCCCUGUGUUGGUGGUGGCAGGGGACACAGGCUGUGGGAAAUCCACCCAAGUCCCUCAGUAUCUUAUUGCAGCUGGCUUCAACCACAUUGCCUGCACUCAGCCUCGACGGAUUGCCUGUAUAUCCCUCGCCAAGAGGGUCAGCUUUGAAAGUCUCAAUCAGUAUGGCUCUAAGGUGGGGUACCAGAUCCGCUUCGAGACCACAAAGACCCCGUCCACCAAACUGCUGUUCCUGACAGAGGGGCUGCUGCUCCGGCAGAUCCAGCAGGACCGGUCCCUCUCUCAGUACCAGGUGUUGAUCGUGGACGAGGUCCAUGAGAGACACCUCCACUGCGACUUCCUCCUGGGCGUCCUGCGCUCUCUGCUGGCAGAAACCCCAGAACUGCGUCUCAUCCUCAUGUCCGCCACCAUCAACAUCAAACUGUUCUCCGACUACUUCAGCGGUGCUCCUGUGCUGCAGGUACCAGGCCGGCUGUUCCGUAUCAAGGUGUUAUACCAGCCCAUUCCCCCUGACGAGCAGCCCUCUCGUUCGGAACUGGAUCCCAGACCUUACCUGCGCAUCCUGCAGGGCAUCGAUCAGCGCUACCCCCCCGAGAGCGCGUGUGACCUGCUCAUCUUCCUGAGCGGGGUCGGAGAGAUCUCCACCGUCCAGGAGGCCUGUCAGGUUCUGGCCACACACACACGCCGCUGGAUCGUUUGCCGCUGCACAAGCACGCUCUCUCUGGCCCAGCAGGACAAGGGCACGUGUUUUGACAUUUCUCCUCCUGGGGUGAGAAAGUGCAUCAUCUCCACCAAUAUUGCUGAGACGUCCGUUACCAUAGACGGAGUUCGCUUCGUUGUAGACUCAGGGAAGGUUAAGGAAAUGAGUUUUGACCCUAAGGCCAAGAUGCAGCGUCUGCAGGAGUUCUGGAUCAGCAGAGCCAGCUCUGAGCAGAGGAAAGGUCGAGCCGGGCGCACAGGUCCAGGAGUUUGCUACCGCCUCUACGCAGAGUCUGACUACGACGCAUUCGCUCCUUAUCCUGUGCCUGAAAUCCACAGAGUGGCUCUGGACUCGCUCAUCCUUCAGAUGAAGAGCAUGAGUCUUGGAGAUCCACUUUCUUUUGUCUUCAUUGAUCCUCCCCCUGCUGCUAGUAUCCAGACUGCAGUUACUUAUCUGAAAGAGCAGGGGGCACUGGACAGCCGGUCUGACCUGACCUCUAUCGGUACCCUGCUGGCACAACUGCCCGUGGAUAUUAUCAUUGGUCUUAUGCUGGUGCUGGGCUCUCUGUUUUAACCCUGGUGGACCCCGUGUUUGCCGGUGGCGGCGGCCCUCAGCGUUUCAGUCGCCCUUCCUGCGCAGCGCCAGCACAACCCAGGACUGCACCACCAGCCCGCCAGCCCCUGCCACAGUAACCACGGAGACCCCUUCACACUGCUCAACACCUUCAACGCCUGGGUGGAGGUGAAAGGAGAAAGAGGUGGAGGCUCCAGGAAGUGGUGCAGGAGGAGAGGCCUGGAGGAGCAGCGGCUCUAUGAGAUGGUCAACUUACGGAGACAGUUCAAGGAGCUGCUGAGGAGCCACGGCCUGCUGGAGAUUCAGAGCAGCGCUCCCUCUGGUGGAGACCGCGUGCAGCGCAGGCAGAGGCUCACUGAGAGGAAGAAGCUGCAUCAGAUGAAGAGAGACCACGAGCAGCAGGAGAGCGGCCGGCGCAAAGUCCUGAGGCUGGAGGAGGGGCAGGAGGAGUUCAGCUCGGGGUCCGACGCAGAGGGGGCCGGCAGGGGCAAGAAGGACGACCAGGCAGGACAGAACGUGGACAUACAGGUAGGCCUGAGGUUGAAGUUCAAGUUGCGUCACAACGUGUCGGAGCUGCAGGAGGGCCGAGCGUCAGUCAGGAACAUGUCCUCCCGUCAGCAAGCUCUCCUCAAGCUGCUGCUCUGCCGCGGCCUCUACCCUCAGCUCGCUCUGCCCGAUGAACACAACUCCACCCGCAAGGACUCGGAGCAGGUGUUCCACACAAGGAAUAAGCAGGGAGUGGUGAUCCACCCGACCAGUGUGUUCGCCACCGACCCCGAGGUGUUACAAGUGCCUGAGGGGGACGGAGACAUGGGGCCUGAGCGGAGGGACAGCAGCAGACACCAGCUGCUAGCCUUCGUCACUCUGUUGGAGACCAACAAGCCGUAUUUGUCCAACUGUGUGCGGGUACCAGCUCUGCAGGCUCUGCUGCUGGUGGCCAACAGUGUGGACAGUAACGCUGACUGCACGCGGCUGGUGGUGGACGGCUGGCUGGAGCUGGAGCUGAGAGAGGCGGGGGAGGCCCUGAAGGUGCUGUCCACCGCCCUCACCCUCCGGGGGGAGUGGGAGCGCCUCCUUCUGGCCCAGCUGGCGCAGAGCACCAUGGGGCCAGAGCAGGGGGUCUCCCGCAAAGUCCUGGAGAAGCUGAGCGAGGGCCUGGUCCGCUUCCUGCUCUACACUGAGAUCACGUACAGCCUGCGGCGCCUCACAGCCUUCCAGACCCAGAACCUGUACGUGGGCCCCCGGCCUCAGGAGCCGGCCCCAGAGGAGAACCCUCUGUUCCCAGGGGUGGAGGCCAAGCCGGACCCCAUCAAAGGAGGCCUGCGCGUCACCAGCUUCUUCACCUACAACUGCCUCACUGACUCGAAGGACCUGUACAGCGAGUGUUUACGCACCUUCUGGAGCUGUCCUAACUGUGACCUCUACAUGCCUCUCACUCCGCUGGAGCGCAUGCAGCACGAGGCCUCCUGCAGGCCGGCAGGGGAACAGCAGCAGUCAGAGGAAGAGCCAGAAGGGGCAAAGGCAGUCUCCUCCUCUUCCUCCUCCAUGUCCAGUCUCACCAGAGUUUAUCACUGUGACGUCUGCGAUGAAGAUCUGACCCUCACCUCCACUGAGAUCCUCAAACAUAAAAGGCAGCACAUGUAUUCUACCAAGUAGCAGCUUCCUAAGGACAACAACUAAUCACAACGCGUCUGUUCUGUCAAGGACAUACUUGAGUUUAUAGAAUGAAGUUGUUAUGUUUGUGUCACUAUUUUUCUUCCCUUUUUUACUCGAGGAAUUUCAUUAAACUGCUGUUCCUUCCCUUUAACA